CAACACACCAUUUUAGCGCGAAUACUCAAAGCUUAAACACUCAGGAGCAGAGCGACGGAGAGAAGAUUUGCCGGAAGAAGAUAGUGAGAUAUGGCUGCCUGUACGAUGACGAUGGUUGAGAAAAACGCUGGGAUUGAGGCUGUGAUCGGAAAGUUUGAUGUCAAUGUUGUGUUUUCCGAUCCUCUGCUGCCUUUGCCGGAGAUCAACACUGUCGUGGAUCUCAAGGGACAACAACACGCAGAAUCGAAUCAGAAAGGGAAGAGGGAGAUUGGGCUCGGCAGAAAUGCCGUCGCUACUUGCUUCCCCAUCACCGAGCCUGACGACAAUGACGAGUCUACUGGUGACAAGGAAGCGUAUAUGGCUAGCGUAUUGGCACGCUAUAGAAAGAAUCUCCUCGAGAAGACUAAAUAUAAUUUAGGUUACGCGUAUAAUUUUGACUUCGAUUAUGGUGCUCUGGCGCCGUUGCAGCAUUUCUUCAUUAACAAUCUUGGGGAUCCGUUCGUUGAAAACAAUUACGCUGUGCACUCGAGACAGUUUGAGAUUGGAGUGUUGGAUUGGUUUGCUCGGCUUUGGGAGAUUGAGAAGAAUGAGUAUUGGGGAUAUGUUACACAUUGUGGAACGGAAGGAAAUUUUCAUGGGAUUCUCGCCGGGAGAGAAAAUUUUCCUGAUGGGAUUCUGUAUGCUUCUGGGGAAUCUCAUUAUUCCGUUUUCAAAGCCGCUAGAUUGUAUAGAAUGAACUGUGUGAAGGUCGGCUGUCUGGUAUCUGGUGAGAUCGAUUGUGCUGACCUUAGAGUCAAGUUGCUUGCCAACACAGAUAAACCAGCUAUACUCAAUGUUAAUAUUGGAACCACGGUGAAAGGAGCUGUCGAUGAUCUUGAUCUUGUGAUACAAACACUCAACGAGUGUGGGUUCUCUAAAGAUCGGUUUUACAUCCAUUGUGAUGGGGCGUUGUUUGGAUUUAUGAUGCCUUUUAUCAAACGUGCACCAAAGGUCUCGUUUAAGAAGCCCAUCGGAAGCAUCAGUGUUUCCGGCCACAAGUUCCUCGGAUGUCCAAUGCCUUGCGGCGUUCACCUCACAAGGUUGGAGCACAUAAAUGCCUUCUCCAAUAAUGUCGGGUAUCUAGCCUCAAGAGAUGCCACAAUCAUGGGAAGCCGGAACGGCCAUGCUUCUAUCUUCCUCUGGUACGCCCUCAACAGAAAAGGCUAUAAAGGGUUUCAAAAGGAAGUCCAGAAGUGCCUCGGAAAUGCACACUACCUGAAAGACCGACUUCGUGAAGUGGGAAUUAGUGCAAUGCUGAAUGAACUGAGCAAUACAGUCGUGUUUGAACGACCUCAAGCCGAAGAGUUCAUUAAGAGGUGGCAGCUAAUAUGCGAAGGAAACAUUGCCCAUGUUGUGACAAUGCCGAAUGUUAGCCAAGAGAAGCUGGAUGAUUUCAUAGCUGAAUUGGUCGAAAAACGCUCAAUUUGGUAUGCUGAUCAGAAAGUUCAACCUCCUUGUUUCGCAGCAGCGUUGGGAAGUCAGAACUGUGCUUGUAAGUUGCACAGGAUUUGAUAUGCUUUUAUGGAAACUGUGCUCUGUCGUAUGCCUUAUACAUAUAUAGUCGUGUGCUUCGAGUAUCAUAUAUAUAUAUGGUUAUAGGCGUGUAUUCCGUGUCCAAUAAAUAUUUUGGAAACCCCACUUUAAG